AUGGCGACGCACAUGAGGGAGAAGCGCGUGGCCAAAGAGCGCCAAAAGAUCGAAAAGUAUGGGCUUCCGCCUGGCAUAGACCUUGUGGAUGGCGAUAAUCUGAAGGAAUGGACCUUCGACAUUCGUGUACUCGACGCAAAUCCUCUUUAUCAGAAUCAGACUUACCGAUUGAAGUUUGCAUUUCCGCAAUCAUAUCCCAUCGAACCACCCGAGGUCACCUUCAGCAUCACACCCACACGACCUGUACCUAUGCACCCUCAUAUCUACUCCAACGGUUUCAUAUGCCUCGAUUUACUCGACACGCAAGGAUGGAGUCCUGUACAGAGCGCGGAAAGCGUGUGCAUGAGCAUCCAGAGCAUGCUCACCAGCAACUCCAAAAACGAACGGCCUCCUGGAGACGAAGAAUUUGUCCGAGGGAACCGGUUGCGACCCCGAGACAUUGAGUUUUUAUAUCACGACACCACCGUAUGA